AUGGCAAAUGCCACCAGUUUCCACCCUGACUUCUUCCUCUUAAAGGGAAUUCCUGGUUUGGAGAACUCACAUCUUCUGCUGUCCGGCCUUUUUUUCUUCAUGUAUAUUUUAGGUGUAGCAGCAAACUCAAUCCUGAUAGUGGUGAUCUCGCUCCAUGAAAGUCUUCACCAGCCCAUGUACAUCUUCCUUGUGAUGUUGGCGGUAGGAGACCUUGUUCUAUGCUCUUCCCCAGUCCCCAAGACUCUCAGUAUUUUUUGGUUUGGUUCUCAUGAAAUUUCUUUCAAUGGUUGCUUGGUCCAAAUAUUCUUCAUUCACUUUAUUUGCAUGACAGAGUCGGCCAUUUUGCUUGCGUUGGCAUAUGACCGCUACAUCGCCAUCUGUUACCCUCUAGCCUAUGUGACAAAGCUCACUCUGUCCUUUGUUAGGACUGCUGUUUCAGUUUCAGUGACCAGAAGUGUGGUUAUAAUGAUCCCAGUCAUCCUUCUCCUUUGGUGGUUACCAUACCAGGACAGUAACGUCAUAGAACACACGUACUGCGAACACAUGGCCAUGGCUAGACUGGCAACCGCAAGCAUACUGGCCAAUGUCAUCUACGGCAUGAUCAUUAUUAUUCUGACCUUUGUGAUAGAUUUAUUCCUUAUUGGGUUGUCUUACGUUUCCAUUAUUCAGGCCGUCAUGAGACUCUCCACUUCAGACGCCCGGCACAAGACUUCAAGCACCUGUGUGUCCCACCUCUGUGUCAUAACCUUACUGUAUGUCCCGGCCUUCUUCUCCUUCAUAGCGCACAGGAUCCCUCACAGCCACCUCCCUCCCUAUGUCCAUAUUCUGGUGGCCAAUCUCUAUGUCAUUGUCCCUCCCAUGCUGAACCCCAUCAUCUACGGCGUUAGGACAAAAGAGAUUCGACAAAAGGCCAUCAAGAUGUUUACUGGGAAAAUCACUGGAUAUCACUGA